GAUUUUAUGGGGGGAUAAAUAUCAGAAUUUAUUUAAAUUUAAAAUGUGUAAUACAUCACCUGAUUGGCUUUUUCAUAUUUAUUUCAAAAUUUCAACCUCUUAAACCUUUCAUACUUGUAAAAAAAUAAAAAAACAACAACAACAAUGAAUUUGGACGACAUGUACGAUUAUUUUCGAAGGGGGAAAUCGAGUGUGCAGCAGAUGGCGAAUGAGGUGUACAAGAUGUUCACUCUGGACCACAAAAAGCUCAAGGAGGUGCCAGGUGAAGAGCGCAAAAGGUGGAAGUUGGACGGCCUUAGGCAAAAAAUUAUUAAGCACAGGGAAAAGCGCGAUGAACAGUUGAGCCCCACUGGGGAUAUGGGCAGGCUGGAGUCUGCCAAGCCCUGGAACGGUGUCUACAAGUGGGUGUCGACCGUGGCUAAAGACCUCGGAAUGGUCAGGCAGACGUAAAGAGGUCUUCGGAAUGUUUUCAAACAUUUAUGUUAUCAAUCUUGCUCGUAUAUCCAAAAACUGCAUUACCCCUUGACGCUGAUUCAAUCAAUAAAAAGAAUUACAAAAAUA